UAAAGGAAAGUAUUCAUAUUGUGUAAUGGUAUAUCAAAAUCCAUUCAGACAUCUCAAGUCUUUGUCGUUAUUUACUAGUAUCUAACAUUUGAAAUAGUGAAGUUGGGAAGAAGUUAGUGUUUUUUCAAUUUAAAAUUUCGAAUUUAAAUAAACGGGAAAAUUAAAAUUACUUUUACUUAUGCAGUGCAUCUAUUUUACUUUUCAGAUAUUUUAAUUAUAUAUCUUGUAGUCGACUUUUUACGAAAAAUCCUAAUGAUAUUGAUCAUCGUUAAAGUCUUUUGAGAAGCAUAUUGUAUUUACUAUAUGCAAUUCAAAGUUUUCAGCGUGUAAAUCCAACUUCAACAUCUCAACAACAACAAAAAAAUAAAAAAUAAAUAAAUAUUCGUUUAUUUUAUGAAUAUCGUCGAAGAUUCCGGUCGAUGAAAUCCGGAAACAGGAGGGGGAAAAUUCUAUACCAGGGCGGUUUUUUCCGCCUAAGGGGGAACUCUAUACUGACUUUGUAGAUAGGGGAAAUUAUAUGCUGGGGCGCCUUUUCCCCCUAUGGGGGAAAAUCUAUCCCGGGCCCGUUUUUCCUGGGGGAAAGUCUAUGCGGGGGAAAAGUCUAUACUACAACACCGGAUCUGUGCAGUCUCUAUAUCAUCUUGUACAUGUUUUUUUUUUUUUUUUUAUAUUGCAGCAUUAUAUGUUACUGAAAAUUAAUAAGCAACAAGGACUACCUUUAAACAUCCUCAUGAUCCUUCGGAUGAGACCGCAAAAACCGAGGCCCCGUGUCACAGCAGGUUUGGCACGUUAAAGAACCCUCCCUGUUCAAGGCCGUAAGCGCCGAGCAUAUUCCUAAAUUUUGCUGUCCUUCUCUUGCAAUGGUGACGUUUCCAAAUGAGUGAAAUAUUCUUGAGAGGGAUGUUAAACAAUAUAAAAUCAAUCGAUAAACAUCCUCGAUCUUAGAUUUUCUUUUCCAUUCAUCUAUAUGGCAUACAAACCGAAAGUAUUGCCUGUUUUUAGGGUUCAACACCAACAAUGUACAUUGGUCAAAAUGAUUAAAGAACGUUUCCCUUCUCAGGACAACUUGGAAAGUUGUAUUUAUCAAAAACUAUAUCAUUACCACGGAAUUUCAUGAUUCUUCUUGACCAAUUUAAAAAAAGACCCAAAACAAUAUAUAAUGCAAGCCCAUAAAUAGAUAGAUAGAUACAUGUAGAUAGCGAGAUAGAUGUCAUGUACAUGUAAUUCUGCAUGUCAUUAAUUCCCUUAAUUAAACACUGUACUUGUCAUAAUUACAAAUAGUAACCUGUAACAUGCUUUAUUUGCCAAUGAAAAGUCAUGUGAACAUUGGAUUAAUAUUUACGGGAAUAUGUUACCCGGAGCUUUGUUCUUCAUUCAUCUAAAUGAACACUGAAUAAUCGCGAGAAGUUCCUCACUUAGGGGUGACUAAAGUACGAUGUUUAAUCAAUCAAAAAUGUCAAAAGUUUGUUACUUUUGUUAAUAAGAGGAGUGUAUAGUAUCGACUUCACACUUCGUGUAGAAUUUGUAAUCAAGGCUAAGUUGUGGAUAUGAAUAUGGAGACGUGUUUUGUGCGUAAGACAGACGUCAUUUUGUAGAUGAACUUGCUUAUGGUAUGGUUGUCUUCCCGUAUCGUUUUCUUUGGUUGUAUUAGUGGGAGAUACCAUAAAGCAAUUUCACCUGUGUCUUAAUGACAUUGACGGAUAAAUGAUUAUCUAAUGAACCUUCUAAUAUCGCGAGAAAAUUAUACCUCAUCUGGAACAAACGACUUCAGGUGUAAAACUCGGCAAUACGUCCAUAACGGUCAUUGAGAUAAAUACCGAAGUGUCCCCGCGGGAACUUAUUGAUCCCGGGAAAGACCCGUGGGGUGGCAACACCAGUUGUGAACAGCGGACGGGUAAAUAGUCCGAGCUUAUCUUCGUUGAUCAAAGGGAGAGAUGCGCCGCGGAGCCGCGAAGGAUAACACUCGUUAGCCCGGUGCCAUGCUAUAUCGCGCGGUAUGAAAUAUUGAAAAGCUGGAGCGAGAGUUAGGAGCCCACGAUCGCAGCCACCAUGUUUUAUUAUUUAUCAUAACAGGAAAUGGUCAUCGACCGGCAACUAAAGUUUAUGGUCACGGAAUACACUUGUUAACUUUUAUCACAAGUUUCAAUCUAUACACGGACACAGUAUAUACAAUAUUUAGUUGAUCUCAUCGUCACGGUAUGCUUUAUCAAAAUGAAAAUUUGUAAUAUGAAUUGUAAAACUCUCGAAAACGGACGUUGAUUGUUAUGCUAUCCCAAAAAUAGACUAAAAGGAAUAUGGUUUCGUAUGCACAAUUUACCACGAAGUUUUUGUUUGUUUUCGGUUAGCAUGGAAUGAAUCAUACAGCAUUGUCAGCUGUUCAGUAUGGGGGAAGCCCCAAACAGCGGACUGGUUACAAAAAAAAAGAAGAGAAAAAAGCAGUUUAAGAUCGGUAAAGAAUCGUAAGUCUUCCCUCUUCAGCAUACAGAGCGGUGACAAAUCACCUUAAAAAUCCGAUACCUACGACGAGGCACUCUGUCAUUGCCAUUGAUUUACGAACCUAAUGCCUGUCGUUACUGGAUUAAGAAGCCCCAACGUGCGAAUAUUAUUUGAUUUGAGACCCUUUAAGUCCCUUAUGCCCGUAAACUAACUGCUUUACCAUUGGCUUGAUUGCAUUAUCGCCCUGAAAUAACACAUCGUCUUUUCUUCAUCGUCGUGUAAGACUUUGCAGACUUCGUUUUCACCCUCUCGUUGGACCUCUGCUUCCGCGUACUCAGAAAAUAGUAAUAAAAAAAAAUCAAACAAAAUCUCAUUUAGAGUUUUUAUUUCUAUCAUUUUCGAAAUAUCCGACCGUAUCUGAAGUUUUCAUAUUUCUUUUCUUUCGUCACAGAUUUUCUCACAUUACAAAACUUAACGAACACCCACUGAUCUUCGCAACUGUGACGCUUGUAUUUGGUGUGAAGAUGGUUUCUCGAAUUUCAUCAAAGAUAAACUGUAGGUGCUAAUCGUAACAAAAUUCAUAUACUCAACUGCAGAACAUGCAGGUACGCCGCGCGUGCCCGGUGGAAAUGAGAACCAGAUAAUCCUGAAUGGCGACAAUUUGACAGAUUGUAACGGAGACCGUGGCUGACUUCGGCGCUUGAAGUCUUAGCCUUAAGAGCACGCAGGCGAGAAUGAACGUCCAUAGCUAACUGACAAAUAAGAAUUCAAUUGCUAUUCACGUUUAUCUUGUAAAUUUGGCAGUUUCUGUAUUUUUUCAAGUUAUUUCCCGCCAUGCAAUUCUAAACGUUUCAUUAUGAGAAUGCCUAACAUUUUCAAUCUUUAAAUUUCUACGACACGACGUACAUGGCAGACACUAAAAUGCGUAUAUUUUUUUUGUUGGGUGAGCAUUUGAAAAAAAAGGUGACUUUGGCGCUGCUGUGAAAUAUAUUCUUACAAAAGAAAUCGUUCAAAGAAAAAGUUUAUCUUGCCUUUGAAUUCGUAAAUACAAAAGAGAAAAUUGAGUGAUACAAACACAUAACUAUGAAUGAUUUGGUGUCCCUACAGAUACACUGCUCUUGCGGUUGUUCCUUUGCCGAGAGGUGUGACAUUCUUCGUGCUAUUGACAACCUUCUCCCAUUCAGAUCUCACUUUGGACAGGUGCCCGUUUUUUUCCCCCGGCGGCUCAGUUCCUUCUGUCAAAGACCGCUCUUUCAUCCCAACUCCACUGAAACCUGCGAAAGGCUGCUUCUGUCUGUCUAUAAACAAUGAGCGAUCGAUUUCUACAUGAAUAUUCAUUUUAUAAAGGUCACGUGCGAUAUCCCAGUUCCAAGUUUCAAAAGCAUCUCGACCAAUUGCUGAUGACAUGUUAUGUUAAGAAUUAAAGGUUCAAUCGGAAAAGAAGAAAAACUGUCUCAUCGCUAUACUUCCAAAAUCUGAACAAGUGACUCGGAGCUGGUAUUUCUUUGGUUUGUGUAAAACGUGGUUACCAAUGAAUAUGUCCUCCCUAAAUGAGUUACCCCCCACCCACCCAGUCUACCACACAGAGGGGGCUAGGACAAGCCCCAGCCCAGCUUCUCUCACCGAGAUGAUAAGUCGGAACAAAUUCUUGGAAGCUGCAAUUCCGAAAUGUGCUGGUUGUGGAGAGCCGAUCUUGGACCGGUUUAUUCUGAAGGUGCUAGACCGCUCCUGGCAUUCCCGGUGUCUCCAAUGCCACGACUGCCACAUCAGACUCAGCGACAAGUGUUUCUCCAAAGGAGAGAAAGUCUUCUGCAAGGACGACUUCUUCAGACGGUAUGGUACAAAAUGCGCUGGUUGUGAGAAGGGGAUCCCACCCACGGAAGUGGUACGCAGGGCCCAGGACAACGUCUACCACCUGGAGUGCUUUGCUUGUUUAAUGUGUAGUCGACAGCUGAACACCGGAGAUGAAUUCUACCUAAUGGAGGACCGGAAACUAGUCUGCAAAGCCGACUAUGAGUCUGCUAAGGCUCGAGGGAUAAAUGAGUACGACAUAGAUGCAGCGAACAAGAGACCACGAACAACAAUCACUGCAAAACAGCUAGAAGCUUUAAAAAGGGCCUACAAUGAAAGUCCCAAGCCGGCACGACAUGUUCGGGAGCAACUCAGCGCGGAGACGGGGCUGGACAUGCGUGUUGUACAGGUCUGGUUUCAAAAUCGACGCGCAAAAGAGAAACGACUCAAGAAAGACGCUGGCAGAAACAGAUGGAGUCCUUACUUUAGACAGUUAAAACGCAACGGAGACCCGGAUAGCUCUAAUAGUGCUGACGACAGAUCGGACAUUUGUCUAGAUGAUGAUGAUAUAGAUGAUUUAGAUGAAUCCAUUAGUCAAUCUGGGCGAUUGUCGGAGGAUAUAUUUAGUUCUGGAUCAGGACAAACAAUGGACAGAGAGCCCAACAUGGGGAGUGUACCAGUUGUUCCCCCUGAGUCCCCUUCUAUGGAAUCCUGGUCCCAUUUCGGAGGCGUUCCAAAUACUGCGAGUUUCCUGGGACGUCACUCACCGAAUAUUCCAAUGUCAAAUUCACAUUUAAUGCCUAUGGACCCACUGCCAAUGAUGGGUGGACCGUCCAGUGUCGCUAGGCUGAUGGGAGGGGAUUUAAACGAUAGCUCUCAAGGUUAUUCCGAAUAUUCAUCAAAUUCAAAUCAUAAUCACGUGGAAGUUUACUGAGUUAGCGAAGACGACAUGUGACGUACGGUUACCGUAGUGAUUCAAGCGAAAGUAUCGCUCGAAAAGAAAUAUUGUGCAUCACCAUCAACUCGGAAAUAUUUUCAACAUUCCAAUAUGUAUACCAUAUUCCAGUCUGAUUAUGCUGAUGUGGGGGCUCGGUUGAUGAACACAGAGGCCACACCAUUAUUCUGUCGUGGUGACGAACGAGAUUCGGGGCUAUGGUGUCUUGGGGUAACGUGUGUACAGAUAUGUUCAUUUCCAUGGCUUUCGUGUAUUUUAGAUAUAGCACAGGUUCCGUAACAUUACUCUAGUCAUCUCCUCUCCGUUAACAUGUGCAAUAUUUAUUUAGAAACUAUAUAGAGAAAUAUGUUUUAUUACAGAUUGUGAGAAUUUUCUUUUUGUAUAUUUGUUUUACACUAUUGUUGUUAUAUUCAUUUUGUUUUCAUAUUUCGCAAAAACGUAAACAACUAUCCAUGAUUGAUAUACAUUGUACCAUUAUUAUCAUCCACAUUUCAUGCUUAGUCUGACUAGGACGUCAUUGAUAUAUGUGCAUUUUUAUAUGUGAUGUAUAAAGCUAUUCUAUACAGAUUCAUUUUUAAUUUAUAUCUUAAUAUUAGGAAGACGGGUACCGCUUCAAAUAUCAGUACCUGAUUUUAAUGUUAUUUUUUUAAAGUAAAUUUCUGCCUUUUUAAUUUUCUCAAAAGGACUUUAAAACAAGGAAACGAAAACUAUGAAUUCCUUUCAUCAAUACCUUUCGCGUGUUUGUAAGGUUUAUUUGACCAACUACAGCAAAAGGAGAAUAUAAAGUCUUCAUGCAAAUAGUAACCAAGAUUUUAAAAAUGCAAACAGUUUGGUUCUUUGAAAUCCCUCACCUCAGAUUGGGACGUUAAAUACUCAGUUUUCCUAUUAGUACGAGGGACCCCCCCCCCCCGACAAAAAAACCCUGACCCGCUGAACUACAGUUUUUUUUUUAGAAUCUCAAUAACAUGACAAAAUACUCAACUAGUAAUCUAGACGUGAGAAUGGGGAGUUUUCACACGCCUUUACUAUCAAUAUAUCUUCGUAUUAUUUUGUUUAAUCUGGAAGUCCAUAUUUAUUGUUGUUAUGAUUUAUUGCAUUAAUAUUUAUUUUCCUUGUUUAUGUGAUGUUUUUGGCAAAUUAUGUGGAAUAAAAUGUUCUACAACAAAA